AUGAAUAAAGAAAAUAUCGAGACUACAAAAUCAGUUUAAAAUAUGAAGUAAGAUAAAAAAUUUAAGUCAUUGUCACCAUACAGCAUUUAGGCCAUGCCUCAUAAAUCUAUUGAUUUAAACGGCUCCAAAAAAACAAGCACUGUAAAUUCUCCUUCUAAUUGCUAGCCAUAAUAACAGCAAAAUAAUCCUAGCGGAAUUUUAAAAUCUUCCAAUUUUACACAAGCUUUAAAUUCGCUUUCUCAGUCUUCACCAAAAGCAAAUAUGGCUGGAACUUUGUAGAGAUAGUUUUAGGAAUAGAAAAUAAAAGAAUAAUAAAAUGCAAACUAUGAUCCAAAGAGCUAAGAGAAUAAUUAAGCAUCUAAAAAUAAAAAAGGAGAAUUCUCAAAUAUUUUCUCUAGCCAGGGAGCUACUUUAGAUACAGGAUGCGGAUAAAAUAAUAGUUUAUAUAACUCAUAGACACAAUUAAACAGAACUGGAUUAAAAUAAAGCUCCCUACAUGUUUCUGAAGGUGAAGUAACUCCUUAUAAGCAAAAUCAACUUUAAAAGUAGAACUCUUCAGCAACUAUAGAUGAACAUGGUGGAUCUCGUCGCUUUUCAGUUUUUUCAAAAUCCAGUUUUUGUACUUCCUCUAGCUUUUUAUUUGGAACUCGCAUUUUUAACAAAACAUAAAAAAGUGUUCCAAGAGUUAAUAUGAGCACCAUUUUUAAAAACAAAGCUGCAUUAUAUCUCGAUGAGGCUCUUAUUAAUACUGUAGAUGACCUGCUAGAUAAAGGGUAUGAAAUAGUGUCAGCUAAAAAACAAGAAAGGGACAUUUUAAAAGACUAAGAAAAAGCUAUGCUAGAGGAAUGUGGAAACCUUGAAAAGGAAAUAACUCCUCUGAUAUAGAGAUAAAUUUAGUGCAGCGAGCAGAUUAACCAUUAGGUAGGAGUAUAAAAAUAAUAUGAGAAAGAAAUUGAUUCUCUACAAGACGAGUUGGAGGAAUUAUCAAAAUAAAUUUAAAAUAGACAAACUGAAAUAUCUAAUACUUAUGAUGAAUUUACUAAUAUCAUCAAAAACAUGGAAAUCGAAAACAAUAAGAUAAAAAGUGAUAUUAAUAUAAAUAAGGCUUGUCACAGAUAAGAGGCUAAUAACCAGCUAUUAGCCAAGAAAUAGAAAGAAAGUAUUUAAGAAGGACUAUCUUAGCAACUUAUCUAACUAAAGGCUGAUUUUGAAUCUAAAAAAAUGGUCUAGGCAGAUAGAUUGAGAAAAAUGGAAAACAAGUAAAAAAUGUAUAUUGGAAUAUUAAAACACUGA